AUGGCGCUCCACACUCGCUUAUCCAUGCUCGCGAUCGGCGCACUCGCGGCCACAACCGCCACCGCCCAACAUGUGCUGCUCCCUUUCUCCCAGCAUACCAGCAGCGACAUCAAUCUCUCGGCGCGGGGCUCGAAACAGACCACCCUCACAUCGUCCGAAUAUGCCUAUGUCAUCGAUGCCACGGUCGGCACCCCUCCACAAAAGGUGUCACUGCUUAUCACGACCUCGGUCGGUGACACGUGGGUUCCCGACGCAAAUACCCCCGAAUGCUCCCCCGAAUGGUACUACCGGAACCAGUAUUUCUACGACGAUGAGGACUUGCAAGAUGACAACAUCCCCAAGGCUCAGUGUACGUGGGGAAGCUUCAACAAGACACGGUCCUCGACAUAUCUGCCCCCGAACUCACGCUACGAUGACUUCAGCGCCGCCUACAUCGAUUCCAGCAGCGUCUCCGGCGCCAACAUGACCGACAAGCUGACGUUUGGCGGCCUCGAGUUCAACGAUUACCCAAUGGGCCUGGUCUCAAACGCGUAUCGCUGGAUUGGCAUGCUCGGCCUCGGCGCCAACAACUCGGCAAACUAUUAUAGCUCCGCGUCGGCUGGCAACUACGCCAACGUCGUGGACCGCAUGGUUUCGUCCGGCAAGAUAGCGAGUCCCGCCUACAGCAUUUGGCUGGAUGAUGCCAAGGGGACCUCGGGCGGCUUGCUGUUUGGCGCCGUCGACCGAUCGAGGUACACGGGUGAUCUCGUGCGCGUUUCGGCGUCUAGCUCGUACUCGUACUCGUACUAUUCCUACGGGUUCGUCACCACGCUCAACAGCAUAAACGGCACUUCCGCGUCGGGAGAAGCCAUGCCAGCCAUCAGAUCAAACGACUUCCCAGUCGAUGUCACCGUCGGUCCGGGCGAGGUAUUCUCGUUUUUGCCCUCGCGGCUGGCGGACCAAAUCGCCGACAUGGCUGGCGCCACCUAUAAUGAAUCGGCCGAGGUCUUCUUGAUUCCUUGCGAUGCCGGCAAGACCAACAACACGAAGUUCGUCCUCGAGCUCGGCGGCACUGACGGGCCUAAGCUAAACGUGGAAACGGCCGAUCUCGUACUGCCAAUUACCGCCUUUGCGGGCUACCAGCGCUCUCGCCUACUUGGGUCCGACUCGUGCAUGUUUGGCAUCCAGAAGAACGACGAGAGCGCCUACUCGAGCAGCUCCUCUUCUUACGUCUACAACCUCGGCAGCUCCCUCCUCCGGCGCAGCUACAUCGUCUUCGACCUGGCCAACCGCGAGAUUGCCCUGGCCCAGGCCAAGUUCCCCUCUGGCUCCAACGCCCCGGCUUCAGACAUUGUGGCGUUUGAGAACUAUGGCGACUACACCCCGGGCGCAUCCGAGUUAUGCACCAGCAGCUACUGCCGCGACUCUGACGGUGGCUCGGGCUCGGGCUCGGGCUCUGGUUCAGGCUCGAACGGACCGUAUAAAUACGGCGGUCCCGAGAACGGGGUCCAGCACUGGGAGAAAGUUGCCAUUGGAGUCGGCGUCACAUUUGGCGUGCUCAUUCUCGCCGGUGUGAUCACGGGUAUUAUCCUCUGUACCCGCUCAGGUCGUGGCAAGGGAGUCGCAAAGGAGGUUGACGAGGAGGGCUCGGGAGGAGACACCCCGCCGGCCACCUUGACCAACCCGGAAAUGACCCAGAACACCAGGGGUUCGAUGAUCCUACCGCCAGGGCCUCUGCCGUCCAUUCAGGAGGGGACUGAACCACAUGCGCAGACACAUACGCCGGCCCCCCAACUGCCAGCCCUAGGGACGCAGCUUGGCCAGCCGAUCACGCCUCCUGAGCCCACGGCAUCUGCCAACUCAAACCGCCCAUCGGUUGCCGUGUCCGCCCUUUCCCAGGAGCAGGAGACGCAGACAUAUGGCUCUACGCCGGAGUCUGAGGCUGCGGUACCGGCAUCGCCGAAGGGCAAGGGGAAGGCUGUGGACCGGAACGAAGACUGA